GCACAUUCUGAGCAAGUAGUGGUGUAGCCUAGAGUAUGGUGCCUUCUCCGCGGCUGCGCCUGCUGCGGGGCUUCUGCAGCGGGCCAUCGCGGAUUGUGCAGGCUGCACGCCGGCCACCGCUCUUCAGGCUCGAGGAUGCCAUCGUCAAGCACCUCGCGGCGCCACCGACGCUCUCGCUGACGAUUCCCGACGCGAGCGACCGCAUCUUUGCCCUCGUCGGGCCCAGCUCGUCGUCGGGGCCCGGCAAGGCGCUCCAGCUCGUCCUGCUCUCCCAUAUCCUCGGCCAGUCACGGCCCCAGGUGGCCGCCGCCACCGCUGCCGCCUCCGAUGGAGCUGAGCCCAGGAUGCACGGCCACCUCCACCCGUUUGUCGACGACUCCCGCUCGCUGCCGUCGCGCAUCCAGCACGCCUCGUUUGUGCGGCAGCACGCGGGCGGCAGCGACUUUAGUAAUUUUACUGCCCGCUAUGGAGCGCUGCGGGGCGAGGACCAGACGACGCUGUUUGAGGCGCUCAUGGAGGUCAUGGGCUUCCACGUAGGGCGCAUCGCACGCGCCAACAUCGUCGAAGAUCCCCUCGUCGAUGAGCAGGCGGAGGAAGGGGAGCAAAUACCGGCGGCAGGCGAGUCAUCUCAGGCAAAGCCGCACGUACUACCGAGUGGUAUCGCGACCCCGGAAACGAGGAGGGCGGCGAGAGCGGCGAAGGAUCGCAUCGAGGAGUACGCCAAGCUCUUUGCGCUCGACAGGCCCGGGCCGGGUGCGGGUCACGGCGUCCGGCUACUCGACCAGCCGCUUGUGUCGCUCAGUAAUGGCCAGACGAGGAGGGCAAGGAUCCUCUCGUCGCUCGUCAAACUUCACGGCCGUAGAGAGAUAAUCAGUGGGGAGGAGGAGCAGAUCCGCGACAAGUCGGCAUCUCCUUCAUCGCCUUCCUCCCAGUCUUCUCUCCUCCUUGUGCUGUCGGAGCCCUACUCUGGCCUGGAUCCGCCAUCGAGGAAGCGUCUGACGGCCGUACUUGGCGAUCUGCAUCGAUCGGGUACCCGCGUCGUGGUGCUCCUGCGCAGGCAGGAUGAGAUGCCCGACAUCAUCACCGAUGUCAUCGACGUCGACAGCCAGGGCCACCUCUGGCUGGGGUCGAAGCAGGAAUGGGAGAAAAGACGAGCCCUGGCAGAGGGUGAAGGCCAGCACGAAGAGACAGGAAUCAUGGCUAUUGAGAGGAAUCACGGCGAGGGAAAAGGUACGGGCCGCGGAGAGGGCCUCAUCGAGCUGCGCGAUGUCAGCAUCCAGUACGGCGACAAGGUGGUCCUCGAUAACAUCUCUCUGGCAUUGCGGCCGGGGUCACGCAUGAUUCUGCAAGGCGACAAUGGCUCUGGCAAGACGACGCUACUUUCCCUCCUUAUGGGCAUUCAUCCCAUGACGUUCUCCCUCGACCCGUCCAAGUUCCGUCUCUUUGGCCGGACAAGAACGAGCGCAGAGAAUGCCUCAAAGCUUUUAGCCCGCAAGAUCGGCUACUUUGGCCCCGACCUCCUGGCUGCGUUUCCUCGAAAGGGCCUCGAGAGCGGCGGCCUGCGCGUUGUCGAUGCCAUCGGCUGCGGGCUUGAAGGUACGUACGCCCGGGCCACAUGGAGACCUGAUCAGCUUGAGGCUAUUCGAGCGCUUGCCGAUCGCUUCAAAAGUACCAUCUCUUUUCGAAUGGGACCGGCCACGAUGGCGGCAGACGACCGUGACGAGAUGCUCAGGAGGCCCUUUAUCGAUCUUACCAGUGGAAGCCAGGCUGUGGUCCUCUUCAUGCGCGCCAUUAUUCAGCGGCCUCGGCUUCUAAUUCUGGACGAGCCUUUCCAAGGAAUGGACUCGACGCAGAUCGACGCCGUCCGACACUUUCUGCAGGACCACCAGGAAGAGGGUGGUGCAGAGGCCAACUGGAGAAAGAACUUGGCCGUGGUCCUGGUGAGCCACUUUGAGCACGAAUGGCCGAGCGGAUUUGGCGAGUACAUGUUCCUUGACCAGGGCAGGGCAAUUCGGCGCAUUGGCUUGUCCCCUUGACUGUCACCAUAGAGCAAUUCAUUGAACCCCCCCUUCUCCCUAAUACCACCAUUACUACUGAGG